UGACAAAAAGACAGGAGUCAUAGUCUAAUAUUAGGAACUCUAAUGAAUUUUAACCAAUAGUUCAAGGACUUAUCCGUAACUUUCCUUUUGAAAUUUCAUUACGCCUCUGCCGGCCCCUCACCAAAUCAGUACAAUAGGGGCAUUUCUGUAAAUUCAAAAUUCAAUUGCAACAUCGGAAGAAGCCUGUGCCUGCAGCGUCCAAAUCCAAUCCUCUUCCCUGUCAAAGGAAAAUGUCCGAACGAGUCUCCCCUGUUUCCAUUUCGAUCGAUCAAAAAUCAUCCCAUUCUUCUUCUUGUCUGAAAAUCCUCUGGGAAUCCUUCAAGAUUUUAGCAAGAAACAAACGCCUUUUCUCUUUAAUUUAUGUUCUUCUCGCUCUCCCUCUCUCUUUUCUCAAUGUCUCGCUCUCUCUCUCCUCCUACCCGAUCAAGUCAGAAAUUUUCCGCCUUGAAUUUGUCGCCUCUCGUGCCUCUACCCGCUUCGAAACUCGCCAGUUCUGGAGAGAAUCACGCGAGGUUGCGAUCUCUCUCCUCCACCUUAAACUCAUCUACCUCUUACCCUCUUACUUGUUCUCUCUAAUCGCCGCCGUUACGUUAGUCGUCUCCACCGAAUCCUCCUACACCAGAAGACCCACAAGCCUUAAAACUGCUUUUGCCGCUGUCAAGUCGACGUGGACGAGGCCGUUGGUUACAUCAAUAUGCAUCUAUGCUAUUCUGUUAUUGUACUCCAGCGUACCAUACACGCUUGGGGCCAUGAUUGGGAGCUCUAGUCCCGGAUUGAGAUUCGUAAUACGGCUUAUUGGAUUGGGGGUAGAAUUAUACAUAAUAUCUGUUUUAGGAUUAGGGCUGGUAGUUUCGAUUGUGGAGAGGAGAUAUGGGUGGGAUGCGAUUUGGAUCGCGUCGCGUUUGAUGGAAGGAAGGAGGAUUUGUGGAUGGGUAUUGUCUGGAUUAUUGGCGGUGAUGACGGGUGGAAUCGGGUGGAGACUGGAGAGUUUGAUAAUGGAAACUGACGUUUCGGCGGAGGAAUCGAAACGGACGGGGACGGAGGCGGAAGGGUGGAAGAAGGCGUGGCUAGUUGGUAUCUAUGGGGUGGUGGUGAUUUGGGGGUUUGCCGUUACUACAGUUUUUUACUCCGAAUGUAGGAAACGACAAGACGUAAGAGCGGCGGCGGCGGAGGACGUGGAGAGCAUUGAUUCUUGACAUUGGUUUCUGUAAAUCGUGUGAUGAGAUCGAAAACACAUAAUUUUUAUUUUUAUUUUUGUUUUUUAGAUUAUUUCUGUUGUUGUACCCCAGUAUCAGAGAUAAUCCCACGGGAAAUAUCAAUUUCCAGAGUACGUUGUUUACUUUCUGAAAAGUUUAUGCUACAAAUUUUUGUGGGCUGUGAGCCUGUGACAGCAAUUAUCUAAAGCUGAUUGUACAGUCCACUGGCCCAGAAGUGUAAAUGGAUAAGGCUGAACACUAUGGAUCAAAAACUUGCAAAUUCUCAGUACACCUUAGAACAUGUUUCCCUUAGUUUCUUGAAUAGUUUAUACUAAAAAGAAAUUUCUAAUUGGCUGAAGCUUUGUCAAGCAUCAUUUUAUUUAAAUAUUGUUAAUAAGAAGUGGCCAUCCCAUCCCCCACCAUCUAAUCAAUAAAAUAAAUUGACAAUGUCUAUCCAAAUGUAGAGUAGGUGUAUCUGCCAUUUUGACUUUGUAAAGCCAGCCAUUCAUCAGAAACUUCUAUGACCAGAUCACAUGGAUUACUGGAACAAUAGGAAAUCCCAUACCACCUAGGAACUCUAGGCAUUAUAUAAUUUCUCUUACAAACAGCCUUCUUGUCACCUCAAAAAUCAGUUAAGGCUGUCGUUCUAUUUGAGCCGUCUUAAUUUGUUGGCCAUCACCAAAUCUAGCAUUACUGCAAAGCAGCCGACAGUUCACCGCCACCAACCCUGCUUCGUGUGUUUCUUGAUUGUUGUGGCCGUGGGAUAAAACACCAAGAGUUCUACAAGAACAUGUGUCCUCUGAGGUUUAUCUUGGUUUUUUUCUCGGCGGUUUUGGCUGGAUACUUUGCAUGGAGGACGGUACGGUCAUCGCCGGAGAUUGAAGGAAUAAAUCCUGUUGAUUCAGCGGUUGAACGGACAACAUUGAAUGAUAAACAAGAAUUCGAUGUAAAGAAGACGAUUCAAAAUGGAUUCUGGUUAUUCGUGGACAUGGCCAGCGGAAAGUACCUGUGGAGGAAUCUGAAGGAGAUGAGAAAUUGAAGAGCUGCUAGAAUUUGAUCUUCUCUGUUUGUAAUCAAACCAAUGAAUACUUUUUUUUUAAAAUCUUAUUUCUGCUAAAUGUGUGUUUGACCAUCUAUGCACACAUUUUUCUUUUUUAAAAUUAUAUUACUCUAACAUAAGUUCAUAUUUUCA